AUGGCACAAACGCUGCUUCAACCCCAGGGACGAGCCACCGCACUAGACACCCUUGCAAAUUCUACUGGUGGUCUCCCUACAUCCGAAGAACCCAAAUCACGUAGCGUGAGCGCUCAGGAGUUGCAGGCCAGAAUCAAAGCAGCCAGGAAGAAGAAGACGACAUUUCUCUCCCCACCUACGUUAGCACUCCUCAAUCCUCGUCAGCCUCGUGAAACAAACGAUGCGUUACUCCGUCCAAAUGUGACCUCAUCGGAACAAUAUCGGCCCUCCGUUGGAGAAUAUACCAAAAGUCAUGCCGUCGUAGAACAGGUACUGCCCGCAGAAACAAGACAGCCAAAUUCAAGGACUCGACACGGCCAAUCAGUCCCCAUCAGCCACAUGUCGCAGCCGCACGGCGGUGUUCUCAUAAACGAAUCUCCUUCUUUUCAUCGCCCGCAAGCGAACCGUACAGCAAGUAGCAGGUCAUCCAUGAUUGCCCGAAAGAGUCCCCUUUCGACAGUAUCCCUACCCCAAGACUCCUCUUCAUCGAACGAAACCCUCUACAGCAAACCAAACAAAGUCAUGAGCUCGCCGAUAGCAUACGAACGAUCAACUGAGCAGCGCAAUAGCACUGUAGGCAGCGUCACUCCACUGCCCCCUCAGCCUCGCAGCAAGAGCAGACUGAGCUGGCUGGGCCUCACGCGAAGGAGUCGUGUCAGCGCUGUUUAG